AUGUCUUACUUGUUUCGCAGAAUCCUUCUUCUUAGAUCUCCAUCCUCUGUCUUUUCUCACGGAUUUUCCGAAAGCCCCUUGAAAUUUCUCAGAUUCUUAUCUACCUCUUCUGAGAUUGUAUCAUCUCCGAAAUCUGCUUCGUUGGCCUCUAAUGCUGUUCAGCUCGAGAAUAAUCGGAAGGCUGUAAUUGAGUUACUUGCGAACCAUGGAUUCUCUCAAUCACAAAUCUCUGACAUUGCCAGGAGGCGGCCUCAAAUUCUUUCUGCGAACCCCGAGAAAAGCCUAUUGCCCAAAUUGUUGUUUCUUCAAUCUAAAGGUCUUUCUUCCCCAGAGAUUGUCAAAUCAGUAUGUGCAGUUCCUUGUGUUUUAACAGGAAGUUUAAACAAACGAAUUAUUCAUAAUUUUGAUUACAUUCAAGCCGUGCUUGGAAGUGAGGAGAAGACUCUCGCUGCCAUCAAACAGUUUGCGGGUAUUCUCGCUCGGGAUCUUUGA